UUGUUAUUGUAACUGCCGCCUUGGACUACGUCGACACUUGCCUGUGAAUCGACCAGUUCUUUUAUUGUGCGAACUUCUUACAAAUAUAGCGCGUGAUUAAAUUAUACACUGUUACCACAAACAAGGGUUAUAUAAUAUUCAUGAGAGUCAUGUUAAAGCCAUCAUUCUUUUGGACUAUUUCGUUCGGAAUUUUUUGCGUUUGUCAACAGGGUGUGUGUUCAAGUGAUAAUAUGGAAAAUGCACAGAACGUCUUUAACAAGUUAAGUGAACAAGAGAAGACACAAGAGUAUGGUGUGAAAAAGAACGGUUCCAGAACACGUCUUGAGAGAGCAGCUAUUUCAAAGACAGAAAUCGAAUGUCAUGCAAAAAGACAUCACCUUGAAGAAGAGCAUAAAUGCCAAGAAACCUUCUGUCAACCUUUGACCUACAGGUGUGAUGUUCACUGUCAAGGACAAGAAGCAGACGUUGGAUGCGACCUUUACAAUUGCACUGGGAUAAACCACUGCUUAUCAACUGAUGAACAAACCAUUCCGAUAGACGAGAUUUGUGACGGAACAGACCAGUGCCCUGAAUCUGACGACGAGUCUGUUUGUGGCGAUAUGUGCCACACAUUUUGCAUGUGUAGUGGUUUAACAGUCACCUUUGCUGAAACUGCUCUUGCAACUUCAAGUUUCUUUUUCAAGAGCAUCUUCUCCAUUGGUGUCAACAAAAAUGGAUCACAAUUGUCAGAAUUUUUGAACACUUCGGAUCUUAAUUCUCUGGUUGUGCUUAAUAUGGCCAAUAUGUCCGAUAAUUUCUUUAAUGGGUUACAUAACCUGAAAUCACUGGAUACAUCUAAUAAUAAUAUAUCGUCUUUACCAGAGGAAGUUUUCAAUGGACUAUCUGCUCUAUCAAGACUCGAUCUAUCCGACAAUCAGAUAACGAUUCUCCAUAGGAAUGUUUUCCGCCCACUGUCUUGCCUUACAUUUCUUGAUCUCUCCUUGAAUCAGAUAGCAGUUUUACCGGAAUUACUUUUCAGUGGGUUGCCUCUACUUAAACAUGUCUCUCUGAGCUCCAAUAACAUUGUGUUUCUCCAUGAUAAUGUGUUCAAUAAACUGUUCAACCUAGAGAAACUAGUUCUAUCAAACAAUCAAAUAAAACGUCUGCCAAAUUCUUUGUUCAAUGGACUGUCUAAACUUAUGGAACUAAACCUGUCCAAUAAUUCAAUAAGAAGUCUCCCGAAGACCGUGUUUGUUAAACUUUCUUCACUCAAUAAACUUGGUCUGUCUUAUAACCAGAUAACGAGCCUCCACAAGACUGUGUUUCAUGGACUUUUUGAACUUACCGACUUGACUUUGUCUAACAAUAAGAUAACACGUCUUCCUAAUACUGUCUUUAAUGAACUUACUGAACUCACCAACUUGGUUUUGUCUAAUAAUCAGAUCAGACGUCUUCCAGAGACGGUGUUUCAUAAACUUGCUGAACUUACCGAUUUGACUUUAUCUAACAACCAGAUAAGACAUCUGCCAGAGACUGUAUUUAGUAGACUGUCCGGACUUAGCCAGCUCUAUCUGCACAAAAAUAGCAUUGCUGUUCUCCACGUUAAUGUGUUUUCUGGGUUGUAUGAUUUGACAAAACUCGUUCUUUCCAACAAUAAUAUAAAACGUCUUCCUGAUCACAUGUUUACUGGACUAUCUGAUAUUUCCGAACUCGACCUUUCAAACAAUAAAAUAAGACUUCUACCUGAUCAUGUUUUCCAGGAAUUGUCUGAACUCGCAAGACUGGAUCUGUCUAACAAUAGGAUAGAAACUCUUCCCAGAAAUAUUUUCAGUGAACUGUUAAUACUUACCAAACUAGAUUUAUCUGCCAAUAAGAUAAGAGUUCUCACUGAAACAGUAUUUAGUGGAUUGCCUGAACUUGCCCACCUAUACCUGGCUACCAAUCAGAUUGAAGUUCUCCCUGAUCACGUGUUUAGUGAACUGUUUGAACUUACCGAACUGGAUCUUCCUAACAAUAAUAUACGUUUUCUACCUGAUGCUGUGUUUAGUAGACUAUCAAAGCUUUCCAAACUGAACCUGUCUAACAAUCUGAUUUCAUUUCUGUCCAAUACUGAGCUAAGUAGACCGUCUAAUCUUACUGACCAGGACCUACCUGGUAACACAGUCAGACCUUUUCCUGACACUGUGUUCCGCGGACUCUCGAACAUUACUGAACUACUUCUGUCAAACAAUAAGAUAGCAAUUCUCACAAAUAAUGUUUUUAAUGGACUGCCGUUACUUACUAAACUUGAUCUGUCAAACAAUGAGAUAACGGGUCUCCCAAAUGAUGUGUUUAAUGAACUGUCUGUACUUACGCACCUUCAACUAAACUCUAAUCAGAUUAAGGUUAUCCCCGCUUUCCUGUUCAGUAGCCUUUCUGAACUUACAGAACUGGGUAUGUCUAACAAUAAGAUAAAAGAUAUACCCAAUAACGUGUUUAGUGGACUGUUUAGACUUACCCAUCUCUCUCUCCACACCAAUCAGAUUGCGAAACUUCCAGAAAAUUUGUUUGGUGAACUAUCGAAACUUACUGAACUGAAUCUGUCCAACAAUCGGAUAAGGCAUCUGCCCUCUUCUGUGUUAAGAGAACUGUAUGAACUUAAAAAACUCGUUUUGUCUGGCAAUAAAAUAAAACUCCUACACGAUACUGCUUUAGGUGAAAUGUCAAAUCUUACCGAACUUAUCUUAUCUAAAAAUAUAAUCAGACGUCUACCUAAACAGAUCACUGGGCUGUCCAAACUUAUUGUACUGGAUCUGUCUGCCAACAAGAUAAAUCAUCUCCAUAAUGCGUUCAGUAGGAUGCCAAAACUUACUAAACUGGACCUGACCAAUAACAGAAUAGCAUCCCUCCCAGUCAAUGUGUUCAAUACAUUGCCUGAGCUUUCUGAACUGCUUCUGGCUAAUAAUAAAAUCAAACGUUUCCCAAAUACUGUGUUCAGAGGACUGUUUGAACUUACCAAAUUAGUUCUGUCAAACAAUAAAAUAGGAAUUCUUCCCAAUACCGUGUUCGGAAAUCUGCCUCAGCUUGAAGGACUUUUUCUGUCUAAUAACAAAAUAAAAUUCCCCCCUGAAAAUACUAACAGUAAAAUUAUAAAACCAGCCAGCGAUGUGUUUCGUGAACACCCUGUACUUAAAACACUUGAUUUAUCUUACAAUAGGAUAGCUGUGCUCCAACAAACUGUGUUUCAUGGAUUGACUAAGCUUAUAAACCUCUCCUUGCACAAUAAUCGGAUUCGGGCUCUUCCUGAUAAAGUGUUCUUUGGACUACAGUCACUCCGUCAUCUCAGACUGUCCAAUAACUGUAUAUCCGUCCUUCCAAUGAAUGUUUUCAGUGGGCUCUCUGUAGUGUAUCUUCUUCUUGGCAACAACGAGUUUUCUCAUCUUCCUAAGUUGCCUUUUAAUCUGACAUCUCUAGACUUAUCAAACAAUCGUUUGACAUGGUUACCUGCUGGAACUUUUGUCAAUAAUAGUAAACUGUCUCAUCUGAAUAUUGUUGGUAACACACUGGAAGUUACGGAGUAUAUUUUCAAAGGUUUAGAUCAUCUGGACACUUUGUUGACUGAUACUCCCUUCAUGUGUUGCGUCAAACCUAAAUCUGUUGACAACAAUAAAUGUUUGGGAAAACCAGUUAAAGAUCUGGAAUGCUUAAAUGGUGAUGCGACAUGUCAGUCACAAAGUGAUGCGAUUUCUUCCUGUCAUGAUUUGAUAAGUUCAGGUGUACUCAGAGCAUGUCUAUGGGUCAUUGGUGUGUGCGCUUUAAUCGGUAACUUGGUCGUCAUUUUCUACCGAAUUUUCAUUGAUAAAGAAAACAUUACAAAGAGUUAUUCACUUUUUGUGUUAAAUUUGGCUAUAUCUGAUUUUCUCAUGGGAGUGUACCUGCUGAUAAUAGGAGUCGUUGAUGAAUAUUACAGCAACGUGUAUGCGUGGAAUGAAGAGAAAUGGAGAACAAGUUUCGUAUGCGCCACAGCUGGAAUUUUGUCUAGUAUAUCUAGUGAGAUGUCGACGUUCCUUAUUUUAAUGGUAACAAUAGACAGGGUUAUUGUCAUAGUGUUUCCAAUGUCCCUCCUUUCCCGGUGGAACAUCUCGUGGGAACAAGCUACUGUUGUGACAGUGUUCUUGUGGAUCGUUUCCGCCACAAUUGCAAUCAUUCCCGUUGUUGCUAUGCAGUUCUAUUUCAAAGGAGCAUACUACUCUCAGUCCGGGGUGUGCCUCGCCCUACCACUGACAAAUAAUGCCCAACCAGGAGCGGAAUAUUCAUUUGCAGUGUUUGUUUGUCUAAACAGCUUGGUCUUUGUUGUCAUAGUCAUAGGGCAAAGUUGCAUUUUCAAAAGCAUGAGGACACGUGGCAGUCGUAUAACAUCAUCACAGACUCGUCAACGAGAGAUGACUGUAGCAAGGACCCUCUUCCUGGUUGUGGUGACCGACCUUUGCUGCUGGUGUCCUAUAGGAGUCAUGGGCGUGCUGUCUAAAUGUGGAAUCCAGAUUCCGGAUCAAGCGUACGCCUGGGUGAUGGUGUUCGUGCUGCCUGUUAACGCGGCUGUCAACCCGUUUUUGUACACACUGACGGCGAUAUGGAGAAAGAGACAGCGCAGUAAAGAGAUAUUAGUGAUAACGGCCUCUAACAUGGAGCGUCAGUCGGCCACUAACAUGGAGCGUCAGUCGGCCUCUAACAUGGAGCGUCAGCCGGCCACUAACAUGUAG